AUGGGCAACACCGUCCUCCUCCUCCUCGACAUCCAAAACGGCAUAGUCGAUCUCGUCGGCAGCCCAGCCUCAUAUGUCGAGCUCGUGGGCCCCACCGCCGCGGCUGCCCGCCAACACUCCAUCAAGGUCAUCCACGUCGUGACUGCGUUCCGGCCAGGAUACCCAGAGAAUAAUCCGCUGAGCUCGAGUACGCCCGCCGUUGCAGCCAGUGGUAAUUUUCUAGAAGGCAGCGACUCCGUGCAAGUCCACCCGGCCGCCGCCCGGACUUCAGAGGAACCGAUCAUCAUCAAACGUCGCGUGUCUGCCUUCCACGCGACCGAACUCGAUUUAAUUCUCCGAUCCUCUGGCACCGAUCACAUUGUUGUCGCUGGUCUGAUUACUAGUGGUGCUGUGCUCUCGACCGUUCGUCAGGCGUCGGAUAUGGAUUAUCGCGUUACGGUCCUUCGUGACCUGUGCAUGGACCGUGACGACGAAGUGCACCGCGUGCUCAUGGAUAAGGUCUUUGCGCGUAAGGCUGAUGUCAUAUCCGCAAAAGAAUGGGUGGAUAGUCUGGCGAGCAGUGCUUGA